AAAGGCAAGGCACGGAGUGAAUAAUGUCAUUUGACAGAAACAGGGAAGGAAUAUUGAAAAUGGAAAUUACUAACUGUUAGCAUGUUUUUGUGCUAAUUAUUCAAUGGAUCUUUUUCCGAUUCGAAGAAGAAUGGAAGAAGAUGUUAUUUCUGAUGUGACGGUCACAAUGAUUUACGACCAAGCUGCAGGAAUAGAAGAGUUCGAAAAAUUGAUAGAAAUUUAUGGGGUUGAUGCAGUGACUGAUUUAAUGCCAAAAGUGAUUAGAGCUUUAGAACAGUUAGAGGCACUAGCUUCUAAAUAUGAAAAGGAAAGUGGUGAAAUUAAUGAACUCAGAUAUGCUGUUGAAAAGCUAGAAACUGAAAAGGCAGAGAGAAAUCAAGAAAGAGUUCGUUUUGAAGAGAAAAUUUUUUCCUUUAGGGAGUUGAUACAGAUAGAGGAGACUUGGCAAAAAGAAUCAAAAGAACAGACAUCAAUAGGUAGAUUGCAGGAGGAGAAUAGAAGACUUCGAUCAUCAUUGUCAGAACAAAAACAAGCUGUUGUUGAAGAAGUUGCUGCUGUAACAAAACGAACUGAAGAAAAAGAGAUAGAAGUAUUAACAAAGUUGAAAGAGACAGUGGACAGACAGAGAGAAGAAAUCAGGAAAUAUAGCCGUGAAAUCAAACAGAAAAAUGUUGAUGUUGAAGCAUUACAAGCACAGUCUGAGCGCCUCGUCAAAAUCAACAUCGAACUACGACGCAAGAAUCAAUCACACAAAAAGCAUGCAAGAACUUUAAUUUCAGAAAAGGUUGACUUAGAAACCCAACUGGCUGAAAAAGAGCAACAAGUGAAUAAGGUGAGAGAGAUGAUGAAGGACCAGGAAAGUAUAGAUGAUCAUCAUAUACCCGAGAGAAAACAUGAUAGUAUAACUGAGGAUGUUGGUUUAGAAGGGGCGGAUGCGCCAGAAGUCAUAAUGGUUAAAGACGGUGGUCUCAAUACUAAUGAGGAAAGUACACCACAACUUACUGAUAAGCUCAGUCUGAUAGGCAAAAUAGUUAUUGACAAACAGGACCCUAACAGACCUAGGUUUACCUUGAAUGAACUGAGAACAGUCCUGAUGGAGAGAAAUGAGCUGAAAGCCAAACUGAUGGAAGUAGAAGAGGAACUGACAACAUUUAAACCCAAAGAUGGUAUAGAUGGUAAUUCUAAUGGUAAUGCAAAUGCCCUGUCCGAGGAACUGAGCAGCGCUGAUAACGACUCUAUCUUAUCAAAUGAUGGAGAUGAGAAUGAUGAGGACCUGCCUGUACAGGGACCAAUAAACAAGGAACCGUUUGAUAAACUACAUGGUAAACGCCCCUCAGGAAUCAGACGAUUCUUUUCAUCGAUUUUUGGUGGAGAGUCGUCGAAGCGUCCUGCACGAGCCCGGGAAGCUGUGGAGUGACUUGCAUCAGAUGACGACCUCCUAUCAACUGUCUGUGAUAUUGCCUUAGAUUUAGAUAUCAACAUAGCCCCAAACUUUCAUAUCAAUAAUGUUAUUUGAUAUCAAUUAUUUUAUAAUUUGAUAUUAGUAAUUCAAUUUGAUAUUUUAUUUCAUACUAAUCAAAGAGAGGUAGGGUUCAAUCAAUGAGGUAUUACCUAUAGAUAUAAUCCACUGAUUAUCUUACAUUGUGAAAACUUACUGCUUUUCUUCAAAAAGCUUCAAUAGGUAAUGCAUUUCAUAACAGUUUCAUUGAUUAUAUUCUAUUUGAAGUCAGAAGUGUAUGAGUAUAUUCUAUUCAAAGUCAAUAGAGGCCUCGUACCUUCUUCUUUUAAAAAUACACAGCGCAUAUCGUAAAUUUACAUCACCAGUAGAUGUAUAUGUUUGUUGAUGACUAUUGUUUAAAUGAAAUAAAGUGUUUAAGUUAAAAUAACUGUAGUUGAAAAUAGACUUUAUUAUUUAAAUGUUAUUUUUGCUCCAUUUUUUUAAGAGACUGCCAAUUUAUUCCAAUGGUCAUGCAUUUAAUUUUAAGUGAUUUUCUUCUAUUGUAAGACUGAAUAGCAUGAACUAAAUAAAACAACAUAAGAAAAAAAAAAUAAAGAUCAUUAUUAUGUUAACUUAUUCAUGUAUUUUUGUCUAAUUUAUUUGACAUUCCAUUUAUGUUCCGAGCAGAAUUUGACAUGGCCAACUUUUAUUUAUUAACAUUGUAAAAGUUGUACUUUUUCCAUUGAAACAUUUGAAGUUGCAUUUUUCAUUGGUGUAAUUUUUCCAUUGCAACAUUUUGAGGUGUAAAUUUUCAUUGCAACAUUGUAUUUGUACAAAUUUUCAUUGCAACAAUUUUGUGAUAAAAUUUUUGAUUGCAACUUUAUUACAGUAUAAUAAUACUUCAUUGCAACAUCUUCAUUUCAAUUCUGCUGUAAAUCAAACUUUAAUGUUGAUGUUACAAUGAUGUGUUAUAGCUAAAACUUUCUGUUAUAUAUAUUCUGCUAGACAUUCUGUGUAUAUUUUAGAAAUUCAGUUUAAAUUAAAACUUAUGGUUGUGAUGCUUGAAGCUGAUUGGCUACCGUCAGUGACAUAACACCAUGGAUUCUAGCCAGUUGUUUCUUAUAGUGACAUAACACCAUGGAUUCUAGCCAGUUGAUUUUAGUGACAUAAAACCGUGGAUUCUAGCCAGUUGAUUCUUAGUGACAUAACACCAUGGAUUCUAGCCAGUUGUUAAUUCUUGCUUUAUUCACAUGCUUGUUCUACAGUUAACCAUAGCAAGCCAAUACAAUUCUCAAAGAUCUGUUUUCAUGAAAUUUCAUUUACAAUUGCAUUAUAUACAGGUUGUGAUUUGGAUUUUUUAUUUCAAAAAUGGAAUUUUGUGGUGUUGAAAUAACUUAAGAACAUUAUUUUAAAGCAAAGAUAUGAUUUUAGAUAUUAAAGGAACAAAUGUCCGACUGAUUGUUACACCCAGUCUGAAAUUAAAAUUUUGAUAUUGAAAAUAUUGUUUAGGCCUUCUUUGAUUAAUGUUUAUAUAAGAAUAUACCAAGAUCAAAUUUUAGAUAUAUAAGAUUUGUUGCCAUUGUAGAUUGUAUAGAGAGUUUUGUACAGGUAGAUAGAAUCAUUAUAUAAUAACCCAGAACAACUUGUUUUUAUUUUUAACUUAAAAAUGUGCUAAUGAUUAGUUUUUUUACUUUAUAAAACUUACACAUUACAUAUUAAUGGCUUAUCAUUUAUUACGUACUGGUGUCCAGUUAGAGCAAUUUUGUUUUUGCAGCUUUGCUCCAUGGACUUUUAUGAUAAAUAGAAAGAUUAAGGUACAAAAUUGAUUUGUCAAGGUGAAAUGGAGACGCAAAAAAUGUUACAUUGUAAAAAUUUGGACCAGCAUUUGCCUUUAACUGAUAAUAGUGAAUAAAUUAUGAAGUGUUUGUUAAUGUUUUUGUGCACGCUGUUUUGUUCUGUUCUGUUCUGUUCCAAUUUCUGCACACACAUAAAUAUUGAUCAUGUAGGCAAAAUCAAUGAAACAAUUAUUACCCUAACAGGACACCAUAGUACGAAUUAUAUUGAAUUACUGAUUCCAAAUUAAAAUUUGUGAUAUUUAUUCAAUAUAGAUGGGGCCAAGUCGUGACUGUUUAGCUGACAAAAUAGUAUAUUUUUUAUAUCAAAAACAUGCAAUAUUUCUGUAGCUAGUUUGUAUGGAUGCUGAUUGUGCAAUUGUUUGUUGUGUUAAUUUAUGUUGUUCUGAUUUUUUAUGUUAUUCUCCUAUAUUUUUAUAAUUUGCUAUUUGUUAGUGAAUAAAAUUGUUAACCAUUACUGUAAUGGCCUGCUUGUACUAAUUGAUUUUUAAAAGAAAACCUGUCAGAUUUAUUCCUUUUAUCCAGCAUUAACAAUUCUAUAAUUUUUUUAAACAUAUAUGGGUACAGAAAUAACUUUACAAGGACAUAUAGCUGUUUUUUGUUCUGUGUCCUGCAUUAUCACGUUUUCCGGGGGAGGGGUUGGGAGGGGGAACACUGACAAAAAAACACAACAAAACAACACCAUUCUGUUGUAGGUUAUAUGUUCAACCUCUUCUGCCGACGUAAGGUUGUAAGUUCCUGAGAAAAGAGAUAAGACAAUUCUGAAAACAUCUCAAUACUCUUACAGAUAAUGUUGUAUAGCAACAAACUUGUUGUCUCUAGAUCAUGAUGAUUCUGUGAUCCCCAAAAUAAAGUUACAAUAUGAAAUGGCUUAUUUAUUAUAUACAUUCAUAUAUAUUGUAGUAUCUAUGAAAAGCUGAGUUUUAUCAGUUAUUUGUAGAUAUAAAUACUUACUGAAAACUGGGGUAUUAUUUAUGAAAAAAAAAAACACUUCCUGUUAAGCCUUAUAAAAAUUGCAUAGAAAGAAAACAAAUUUUGUUAUUUUUGUUUUGGUGAACAUGGCAUAUACAGAAUUUAAAAUUUAUAAGUGAAGAUUUUAAUUUUUACAUUUGUGUUGUAUAUAUACUACUGAUAUAAAUUGUAUUUGCUGAAAAAUAUGCAAGUUUAGAAAAUUAGUGACAAGUAUAGUUUGGUUGUAAAAUAUGUAUUUAACUGAAUAGUGUAUUGAAAUAAGUAAACUUUUAUACAAAACUGUUUAGAGAUACCAUUUAAAUUUAAGUCUCUGGAUUUUGCAAUUUUAUGAAAUUUAUUUGCCAACCCACCAAUGAUAGAGUAAAUUUUUGUAUAAUAGUGUUAACUUUUAGGUUAUAGUUAAUUAUGCUUCAUAGUGUUUUAUUGAUCAUUGUUAAUUGAUUACCGUUAAUUGAUUACAGUUAAUUGAUAGAAGGUUUUUGUUCUAUUCAGUUUUAUUUAGAUGCCAGUUCUGUUAGAUUGUGAUGUGCAAUAUACUGUAUACAUGUAUAUAAUAAUAAUAUAUUCCUUUUUAUUUGUGCAGUGAAAGCAUUUAAAAAAAAACAACAAGAAAAUAAAAAGAAAAGACUUGCUGUCCAAUUUUUUUUGGGGGGGUCAAUAAUUUUCUUUAUCAAGAAUUUUUGUCUAAGUGUUUAAAUGGUUUUAAAGUUUCUGUUAGUUUGUGAAAGGUACAAAAUUGAAUAUGCUUAAUUUCACAUUGUCUUAUGAUUUCUAUGUAAUAAUGGUGACAUAAAAACCCUAAAACUGACAAAUAGAAUAUCCAACUAUUUGCCACUUUGAUUAACGACUACUUAAAGCUACAUGCCUCCAGAUGAGUCAAAAUAUUUCAAUAAAAUCAAACUUGAGAAAAAAGUACUAAGGUGUAAGGAAAAGUAAAAAAAUUUAAGAUUCAAGUAAUAUUUUACAUAUUAUGUGCGAUUAAUGACUGAUUUUUCAGUAUUUACAACUAUAUUUCUACUUCGUUACUAAGGCAGUAAAGGCUAUUUAUGCAUAUUUUGACCAUUUUUUUGUAAAUUUACGAGGUUUGUAAGUGCCAUUAAUAAUGUGUAAAUUGCUUCCUUUUGGUUUCUUCAUAAUGUUACACAUUCAAAUUUAUUUUCAAAAUUUUCAUGAAAAUAAGCAUAAAUCUGGAGGCGUGCUGCUUUAAAGUGUUUUUUCAAUAAUAAUAAAAAAAACAUUUACAAUAAAUUCAAUAAUAGAUAACAAAGUUAUAAUACAUUGUAUCAUGUUUGUUUAUCUGUGCAAACUAAAUUUAUAUGGAAGUAUUUUAAUGUUUGUUUUUGAUUUGUUGCUUUGAUUUUUGUCUCAAUUGUUAUGAACAUUUCAAAAAGUUUGUUUCCAAAACAGUUGUUAUUUCUUUUUCUAAUUGUGCUCUUUUAAAAAAGUUGUUAAUGCAUUUUAUAUUUAAAAGCAUUUUGUACAAUCUGCCACCAUAUAAAUCAUAAUUUAUAAGCACAGCUUACCAAUGCAUUAUAUCUUUAUCAUUGUUCAAGGAUGAAAUAAUGUUCUUGUUUAUAUACUCACUGAAAAUAAUUGUCAAAGUAAGUUUUGUUGAUUUCUGUUACACCAUUCUUUUCAUGUGAAGCUUUAUUUACAAAUGUUGGUCCAGAGGCUGUUAAGAUAUGGGCCGCGUCAUGACAAAACCAACAUAAUGGGUUUGCGACCAGCAUGGAUCCAGACCAGCCUGCGCAUCCGUGCAGUCUGAUCAGGAUCCAUGCUGUUGGCUAUCAGUUUCUCUACUUGUUAUAGGGUUUGUAAGUGAACAGCAUGGAUCCUGAUCAGACUGCGCGGAUACUGGUCGCAAACCCAUUAUGUUGGUUUUGUCGUGACGCGGCUCAUAUAUGUUACAAAUUUAUUAUUUAGUAGAAAUCUAUAGGCAUAAGUUUUUAAGGCAUACUGUCAUUUUAAAACAAUUUUGUACAGGUAAAUUGUAUUUUUGUGUUAGUAAAGCUAGCUGUUCUCAAGUAUGUCACUUAUUGGAAAAAAAGUUCUUUUUUGUUUCCUCUAAAGAGAUAUCAGUAAAUGCAUUGUUUAGAAAUCUUGUAUGUUUUACUGAAUUUUGAAUGAGACAUUAGUGUAGAAUUAAACACAGGGUAAUUACAAUUGUAGCACAGUGUUACAACUGCAUAUUUAAUGUUCUGCCAAAAGAAUUAUUAACUUACUGAGAUAAUCUGAUUACUGUAAAAACCUUCAAAAAAAAUGUGAACCAAACUUUAAUAUGUCAAGAAAUUGCCAUGAGACGAAACUGCUAAGGUAUGUCCUGAAGAAAAUACUUGUCUAGUUUAUUUUAAGCACUUUUAUUAGCUCAUAUAUAUAUGAUUGGAUAAAUGCUUUGAGUGUCAGCAGUUAUAUAAAGGUUAUGAUUAAAAGUUAUAUGCUU